UUCAGGGGCACUCACACUUCACUGACUCUGCACACACACAGGGUGGACACACACUCCGCACACACCUGGAAACACACAGAGAAGCUCAUUUAGUCCGACCUGUGACGAUGCCGUGUGCCUGCUCUCGUCUCGACCAGACGGGGAAGAUGCCUCGUAGCCACGUCUCUGUGGUUGAUAAAAUCCUCAUGGUAGAGCAGAUCCUGUCAGAGUUCAGAGUGAAUGAGGAAGAGCUCAAUGAAAUCAUGAAGCGGAUGCAGCGUGAAAUGGAGAGAGGACUGCGCUUAGAGACGCACGAGGAGGCCAGUGUCAAAAUGCUGCCAACUUACGUGUGCUCCACCCCUGAGGGCUCAGAGGUGGGGGAUUUCCUAGCUCUGGACCUGGGGGGUACAAACUUCCGUGUCAUGCUGGUCAUAGUGGGUGAAGACGAGGAUGGGAGCUGGAAGGUAGAGACCAAGAACCAGAUGUACUCCAUUCCUGAAGAUGCCAUGACGGGGACGGCUGAAAUGCUCUUUGACUACGUAGCAGAGUGCAUGUCGGACUUUUUGGACAAACAUCACAUCAAGCACAAGAAGCUUCCUCUGGGUUUCACAUUCUCCUUUCCAGUGCGACAUGAGAACAUUGACAAGGGAAUCCUCAUUAACUGGACCAAAGGCUUCAAGGCCUCUGGGGCCGAGGGCAACAACAUUGUGGGUUUACUCCGAGAUGCCAUCAAGAGACGAGGAGACUUUGAGAUGGACGUGGUCGCAAUGGUGAACGACACAGUGGCCACCAUGAUCUCCUGCUAUUACGAGGACCGCAGCUGCGAAGUCGGGAUGAUUGUCGGCACUGGUUGUAACGCCUGUUACAUGGAGGAGAUGAGGACUGUGGAGCUGGUGGAAGGGGAGGAGGGCCGGAUGUGUGUGAACACAGAGUGGGGGGCGUUCGGGGCCAACGGGGAGCUGGAGGAGUUCAGACUGGAGUACGACCGGGUGGUGGACGAGACCUCCAUUAACCCCGGAAAACAGCUGUAUGAGAAGAUGAUCAGUGGGAAGUAUAUGGGAGAGCUGGUGCGGCUUGUUCUGAUGAAGCUGGUGAAUGAAGACCUGCUGUGUAACGGGGAAGCCUCGGAGCUGCUGAAGACACGCGGCAGCUUUGAGGCGCGUUACGUCUCCCAGAUAGAGAGUGACACUGGAGACAGGAAACAAAUCUACAACAUCCUGUCAUCACUGGGCGUUUUGCCGUCCGAGCUGGACUGUGAUAUUGUGCGUCUGGCCUGUGAGAGCGUCUCCACCCGCUCUGCUCACAUGUGCGGUGCAGGACUCGCAGGUGUGAUCAACAUAAUGCGGGAGCGACGCAGCCAGGACGCCCUGAAGAUCACAGUGGGGGUUGACGGGUCUGUGUACAAGCUGCACCCCUGUUUCCGUGACAGGUUCCACAAAGUGGUGAGGGCUCUCACGCCUCACUGUGAGACCACCUUCAUCCAGUCGGAGGAGGGCAGCGGCCGUGGAGCGGCUCUGAUCUCAGCAGUCGCCUACGUGCAGCUUCUCCAGGCUCUGAGGGAUGUGUGUCAGUGAGCUGCACACUCACGACUGGAUGAUGUACAGACAAGAAAGCAGCAAACAGUAUAGUGACUGUGAUUGAUAGUGUUGGACCACGUUGUAGCGAUAUCAGUGUUAUUGUAAAUUAAAGAAUUGGUUUCCUGUUGCAGCCAAAACAUCAGACGGCUCAUUUAAAAUAUUAUCCCCUUGUGUAUCACUGCCUGUAGAUACUUUUUCUGGUGUGGGCUGCUCCAUUUUGAAAAUGGCACAUAUAUUAUUGAUGGUAGUUUAUGAUAACACCAGUAAAAACUGGUUGAUGUGUAGCAGGAAGGAUUGUUUUUGUAAAUGCUGUUGUAAACUAUACGACCCCGUCAAAUUCAUUGCUUUGUUGUGCAGUAAAUCCUGUAAACUACGAAAUAUUUCUUUGAGAUCUUAUGUUUAAAUCUAAAUGUUUAUAACUCUAUAAUGUGUGUUUGCCAGUAAUUUGUAAUUUCUUCACAUGUGCACGAUGAAAUGUACUUUCGAUUUGAAUAAGCUUAACUGUAAAUAAAACAACUCAAUUAGAAUUAAAAAGUAUUGAAUUGUU